AUGUUUUUGAUCUACAGGCAUAUCAAGAAACGGAAUGAAGAGAGGCGGCUUCAGGCUUCAGUUUUGAAUAAUGCGGGGAAUACAAAUAAAACGGAUGAUACUGUGACUAUGUCGCAGCCCCCAGUCGAGCUCGCGCCAGGGCAAACCGCGCCAGUGGAAUUCACACAAGUCGAAUCUACGCCUGGUGAAACCGUGCCUAUUGAAACCGGGCCAAUCAAAGCCAAAGAACUGAACGAGAAUCAGAAAAACAACAACCUCACACCCGAAGAGGCCGCAGAGAAACGGAAAAGAAACAUAUACCGAUGGAAGAUCAUUCUCGGCCUAUUCAGCCCCUUCUGCCUGCAGGCACUGGACACAACGAUCGUAGCAUCAGCACUGCCGUUCAUCGCUAAGGACUUCAACCAAAUAAAACAACUAAAUUGGAUAAUCUCCGCCUUCAACCUGACCUCCGCCGCUUUCCUCUUCAUCUGGGCUCAACUAACCGACCUCUUCGGCCGGCACGUGGUGCUGCAAACCGCAGUCCUAAUAAUGAUGAUCGGCUCCGCAAUCUGCACUGGCGCCCCAACAUCCUCAUUUCCCGUCCUUCUCCUGGGCCGCGCCCUGCAAGGCGUUGGUGCUGCAGGUGUGAACAUCUCUAUCCGCACGAUCCUCGCUGAUCGCGUCUCUCUCUCCGAGUACGCACUCAAUUGGACCAUAUUUGCACUUAUUUCUGGGGUGGGAUUUAGUAUUGGGCCCGUUAUUGGUGGCUAUUUGACGCAGGCAUCAUGGAGGUGGUGUUUUGCUAUCAAUUUGCCUAUUGCGGUGGUUGCUAUGGUCGUUGUCGCUGUUUUUUUGAGGAAUGACUUGCAGGGUCCGGUACCGAUUGUGGAGAUGGAAGGUGUAAAUGUCUCGACAAGGUCCGGGCGUUUCAUGGCGAGGCUUUCCACUAUUGAUUAUGGUGGUCAGAUGCUUUUCCUGUGGGGAUUUGGUCUGUUGAUUCUGGCUUUGACUUGGGGUGGGGGCACAUACUCCUGGCAUUCGGCAUCUGUACUGGCUCCCAUCAUUAUUGGUGGUGUUUUGUCCAUUGGUUGGAUUGUGUACGAGCGCUUUAUGGUGCCAGGCUCGGUUAUGGCAAAGGUGUUUCCUCGUCAGAAGGCUAUGAUGUCGUGGGAACUACUGCGGCAUCGUGAUAUCGGGUUGCUGUUUCUGAUCAAUAUUUCCGUUGGGGUUGCUAUGUUUGCCGUUAUGUAUUUCAUGGAUCUGUACUUUGCGCUUGUGGAAGGGACGAGCUCUGGGCAUGCGGGCCUUUCCCUGCUAUAUUUCCUGCCUGGCUUGGGCGCCGGCGCUUACAUGGCCAUGUUCUCUUCUAACGUCUGGCCACGUCAAACCUUCCCAUCACUCUUUCUCGGGGGUAUAACAUCCGCAGUCGGGAUCACCGUCCUCGCAUGGGGCGUACACGCCGGAACAAAAAGCGUGAUUUACGGGAUGAUGGCACUAGUCGGACACGGUGUCGGAAUCCGCAUGAAUCCGGGAUCGCUACACGGCCUUGCCUAUUUUCCCGCGAGGACAGCGCAGAUUACCUGUCUUGUUUCUUUCGCGAUUCCGUUCGGCGGUCUACUUGGUCUGACGAUCAUGACUACGGUAUUCACCAAUAAGAGUGGCGCCGCUGAGUCUGAUCCGAGGGCCGGAAUUAAGUGGGCAUUUAUUGCGAUGAUACCAGUGAUGUGGCUUUCUGUGUUACUUACUACCUUGCUUGGGAAUGUUUGGCUUUCGAAGGAUGGGAGCCAUGAGGUUGCUAAUCGGCCUUAUCUUUGGAAUACUUUGAUACGGAGGGAUUUGAAGAGAGAGAAGAGGAGACGGGAAGAGUCUGAUUUGGCUAUGGAAAAGAAGGAGGAUGCUGAGAUGGGUGGUUCUGCGGUGGGCCCUGAGAGGGCUGAAUAG